UCAAACCCUAAAUAACUAUUGUUGAAAAGCAAGUUGAAAAACAAAUCACAAGCAGCUAGCUAGCAGCCGCCUCCCCUAGAUCUCUUCAUCUUCAAACUCCUUUCACGUAUCUUUUUCUUCUGCAUAUUUCUUUUUGUUUCUUCCUUCCUUUGUUCUCUUGCAUAUGGAUUUUAAGAAAACAUAAACAUCAAAAUGAAUUCCACUUCUUUUUCUUUCUCCCAAUCUUAGUAUUAGUUCUGCAAUUUUAUUUCUAAUUCAAUUUAGAUCUUAUAAUUUCAACAUAAAAUUUUCAAGUUCAACAAAAUGGAUAUUUCACCUUCUUAAUCUACAUAGAUUCUUGAUACAUAGUUGAAAAUGAACCAGAAAACUAAUAGGUUUUAACUUCUUUUAUUUCCAAGACAAGACAAGACAAGAUAAAAAAAAUUUAAAAAAAAAAACAAAAAACGCUCAGACCGGAAAACCUGUGUGAACCGCCGGUUUUCCGGUUCUUUCCGGUUUAAGAGCGGUUUCCCCGUUUUUUGUCCGGUUUAAUGAACUAGCGGUUUUGAGAGUCAACCGGAUCGGACAUAGGUCCGGUUCACGGUUGAACCGGUCGAACUGCCCGGUCCGGUCCGGUUUUGACAACCAUUUGAAAGUUAAUGGAAUAGUAUAGCUUGCAAGUAAAUGGAAUAGUAUAGCUUGCAAGUUUAGCUUUUCUUCCAAACAUUAUACACUGCUCCACGGCUCCCUCCCUGUAUCACACUUUAUUAUUAAAGGAAAAAUAAAUAAAUGAGAAGCAACAUUAUCUUAUGUCACAAUCCCACCUUACAAUUUUGUCAUCUUUCUUACUUAAACCCUAAUUUUUUGGCAUAAAUAAGAGUAAAGUUUCACAGCAAAGAGGAGGUUGAAAAGAGGCAGAACCGAAAGUCACAAGAGCAAAACAGAGCAACAAAAUGUAGAGAGAAGAGAUCAAACACCUCGCCACCUCCAUAUUUCACCCAUAACCUCUACAAAUCACCACCACCAUUUUCUAUCAAUAAAAAUCACCAUAACCUAUAACUAAAAAACCAGCAAAUGAAAACCAAAUAAACUGAUCAGAGAUGAAGAGAAGAGGAUAGACACAGCCACCGCCGUUUCUGGACUACCACCGCACAUCACCACCAUCUCCGGCCGGAACUUCCACCGUCGCAGCCCCACACCACUUCAACUCAACGGCCAGUCUUCUCUCUCUUACUCUUUCUCUGUAUCUCUAUCUUUAUUGGUUUAUCCUGAUUGAGAAACAACGUAACGCCUUGUUACUGGUUGCCGGUUGGUCAUAGCAGAAGAAACUCUAGCACGCAGACGAACAUUUCCUAUUGCUCCCAUUCAAUCGCUUCAUUGGAGGUCAAAAUUGCUUGUGUGAGUAAGGUUUAAUAUGGAAAACUGCGACGAUUCUGUUGAUGUUGAUUCCAAUCACGUUCAUUCCACUGAUGGUGAUACAUCUCAUGUUGAAUUGAAUGACGAUGAGGAUGACAGUUAUUCGGUAUCAAGUGGCGAUGAUGCUGACGAUACAUCUCAAAGUUCAGAUAAUGGCGAUGAUGCUGGCGAUACAUCUCAAAGUUCAGAUAAUGGCGAUGAUGCUGAUAAAAAAGAUGAUGAUAAACCUGUUGAAGUAAAUGCAGUUGUAGGUGAUGGAGUGGGGUAAGUAUAAAUUCUAUGACUUCUGAUGAAAUCCGUGCUUUGGAAUUUGGUACUGUUGAUGAAGCAUGUGAAUUUUAUUAUCGGUAUGGUAAAUCUAAAGGUUUUGCCAUUAGGAAAAGUGAAAUUAGGAGAAGAGGCCCUGAAGGUAGUAAAAAAAUAGUAAUGAGGCAGUUUGUAUGCAAUAAACAUGGGUUAAGAGCGAAGAAAUACUUGUGCAAGAUAGAUAGGAAAAGAGAGCACAGACGUUUGACCCGUACUAAUUGCGCAGCUAGGCUUCAUGUGCACUAUAAACCCAAAAAGGAUAGGUAUGUAGUGUCAAUUUUUGAAGAGGGUCAUAAUCAUGAAUUAACCCCGUCUAGGUAUGUGCACUUACACCCCACUUAUCGGCAAAUUUCUGAAACAGAUAGAGCUCAAAUUGAUGGUCUUCAGUCACGUGGAAUUAGAACAUGUCAUAUAAUGGGAUACAUGGUUGCUCAGAAGGGUGGAUAUUCUAGUGUUGGGUUUACAAAGAAAGAUCUUUACAAUUAUUUUGAUAAAAAAAUGCGUGACAUUAUUAAAGAUGGUGAUGUUGCCGCUUCUCUAAAUUAUCUAAAUGUAAAAACAUCUACUGAUCCCAUGCUCUAUGCUGAAUAUGCCGUCAACAACAAUGAUGGACGAAUGAAGUCUAUUUUUUGGGCUGAUGGGAGUAGUAGAUCUGACUAUUUUUGUUUUGGUGAUGUGCUUGCCUUCGACACAACUUACCAAAAGAACAAAUACAACUACCCAUUGGUUAUAUUUUCAGGGUGUAACCACCACUCCCAGAUAGUUAUUUUUGGUGCUGCAAUAGUAUCGGAUGAAACGACAGAGACAUAUAAGUGGGUGUUGAAAUGUUUUUUAGAGUGCAUGGAAAAGAAACACCCAAAAGCAGUGGUGACAGAUGGAGAUGAGGCUAUGAGGGAGGCUAUAAAACAUGUUUUUCCUAAUGCGACCCAUCAGUUAUGUUCUUGGCAUUUGAAUAAGAAUGCAAGUGAUAAUGUAAAGAAUUCAGAAUUUUUGGCAGGUUUUAAAAAAGCCAUGUACUCAAAUAUUACAAAGGAUGAAUUUGAAGAGUUUUGGUCAGAGCUGAUUAAAGAAAAUAAACUUGAACGAAAUCCUUGGGUUGCCAAAACGUAUGCGAACAAGUCAAUGUGGGCAACUGCAUAUCUACGUGAUAAGUUUUUUGGAUGUUUUAGAACAACGUCUCAAUGUGAAGCUGUUAAUGCAAUAAUCAAGAGUUAUACCAGGAAGAAAUGCUCCAUUUUUGAAUUUAUACACAAUUUUGAGCAGGCUCUGGGGGACUACAGAAACAAUGAAGUGGUUGCUGAUUUUAAAUCAAAGUGUACAGAACCUGUGUUGACAACUCACCUGCAUUUGAUUGAGAGUGAUGCCGCUAAAGUUUAUACGGCAGAGAUUUUCAUUGAAGUUAAAGAUCAAAUUAUGAAGGUUGGUGCAUUGAUUGUUAAGGAUAAACAUGAAGUUGGGGAUACGAAGAUUUAUACAUUGAAAAAGUAUUGUCAGGAUAAUUAUGAAAGAGAAGUUGUUUAUGAUGGUUCAACAUUUUAAUGUUCGUGUAGGUUAUUUGAUUUUCGUGGCCUUCCCUGUUCUCAUAUUUUUUAUGUCAUGAAGGAAGAAAAUAUUGACCACAUUCCUAGAAGUUUGGUAUUGUCGCGUUGGACGAAGGAUGCCAAAAUUGAAUAUUUGAACAUGGAUUGUAAUGAUACAGUUGAUUCGAAUAUGAUUGAGCUUGCUCGUUUUGGUGCA